UGUGCGCGCGGUUUUUGAACAAAAUGGCCGUCGUCCACAACAGUUUAGAGACAGUCCAAAGAUGAAAUACGACAGUAUAAUGAUGUUAAUUUCAAUAGAGAAAGAUAUUUAAGAAUACCUCACACAUAAAAUCUCGGUUGAAUUAAUGGGAGCCGAAUUUACAGUCGAUAGUGUCAAGUUGUAGAAUGUCUUCUCUGUUUUCAAUUGGUGAAGAUGAGUUGGAUCUGGACGACGAGGUGAGCUUAGUAAUCAAUUCUAAGAUAGUUUCUUUUAGUAUAUAUGUUGUAGUUAAUUUUUUAUUUCAGGUAAUUUUUGUUUUUCUUUUGUUUUUGGGUAUGGUAAUGUAUGCUAAUGAAAUAUGUAUUUUUAGCAUUAGUGUAGUUUCUCUUGAAAUAUUUUGUUAUGUAAAAAGCUCACUGGAAGAGCAUUAUUAAUGAAGAGACACCAGUGAAUAAAGCUUGAUUAUUUGUUGUUGUUCUUGUUGUUGUUGUUGUACGCGAUGGCCAUGUUGGAGGAGUAAAACAAUAAAACGAUUUUCCUUAGGGAAAAAGUUUCAUUUUCAUGCUUUUAGUUUUUUUUUUACUUACUUCUACAUUGUGUACAACAUGGCCAUCAUGCUCAGACUCUAUUGUUUGAUCUUAGAUCAGGAGGCAUUGGUGGAGGCUAUGCUCAAGCAGUGCUCAGUGCCUCCUUGUGACUUUUUUCAGUGGUUACAUGUGCCUGUGUCCUUGCUCAACCAUCUUCGUUUUUUUGCAUUUAGAAACUUUCAAUGCCUGGACCUUUGGCCAGCUGAAAUUCAUACUUUAAAACUUUUAGGCUACCUACAUGAACAGUACUUCUCAUAGUAGGACCUUGUAUUAAACUAUCUAUUUUAGCAUGAGCUUAUACAUGUAUGUAUUUUUUGUUUUUGUUUUGGAUUUUUAAAAGGAUUGCUUACUGGCAGCAUGUGGCAUAGGCUCUUCAACUGAUAGAGUAGUAGAAGAUUCCAAGAGUAAUUCAGUUACUGGUUUGAACCAAUCAAGCUUUACAAGGCAGCUCUUGAGAACUAAAGAAGUGGAAAAACAACAAAAGAGUUAUGAAAGGCGGCCUUUUGAAUGCAUUAGUAACAAAAGCAAAAGUGAAAGGACCUCUGACCUUAAAAGGUCUUCAGAGCAAACACAUAGCAGUUCCUCUUUUAUAAACUGUCCAAACAACAGCUCAACUUCCCAUCUGUCAACUAGUGCACUGAAUAUUCCGUUUGCAAAGCGAUUUGCUAUUGAUCCACACCAGACUUUGGUAAAACCAACUGCAUUUAAUUCUCCAAGAGGCAAUGUGCUGAAUUCAUCUUCCGCGCUAAAUUCAGCAGACCAUUCGUCUCUUACAAUACGUUCUUGUGAUAAUUCUUCACCAGUUCAGAGGAACUCAAUUGCUUGUGUUUCAAAAAUACAGGGACUACAACAAUAUAGCUUUAGACCUUCCAGUUCAAGCAACAGAGUGCAUCACUCAGUAGACAGUGCCUCAUCCUCAUCUGGAAGCGAUCCUACAUAUUCAUCAACACCUUUACUGAGAAAAGAAUUUUCUAGAUUGCACGAGGUUUCAUCCAAUUGUAGCAAGGCAUUAAGCAGUUCAAAAGGUGCAGCUAAUUCUGCAUUGUUACAAACAAAAAAACAAUCAACAGGAACACUAGUGGCUGGAAUUCCAACUGGAGAUCUUUCCAAUAUAACAGGCAGUACAGCUACUGGCUCCUCUAGUGAAAGAAAAAGACAGUCUAUUACAAAUGCCUUUAAUGAAAAUAACAUUGGACCAAGGGAGUUUGAAAGCCCUAGAGUGUCCAGGCAGGGUGGUAUUACAAGUCCUAGGACACCACAGGCUUACCAAGCUGUUACUCCGCUUAGCAGCAAAACACCAAUUUCAAGGAAGUUUCCUGGUCCUGCUGGGCUGCUGCCUAAACUGGUGAGUAAGAAAUGUUUUUAUUAA